UGUUAUUAUUGCUUUCAAAGAGGUAGUUUCGUUCCUUCAAUGCUAACCAAAUUUUGUAGGCUUGGCUUCUCAUUCGUGGACAAGAUAUGGGCUGGUGAAGCCCACGCAAUUCAAGAUCCGUGGUACGCUCGUUAUGGCCCUGGAUUACCGAUCAUGGGAAUCUAUCGAACGCAGUGGCUUGAAGGACAGCAUGGCGAGAAAGUCCAAAACGUUUACGAUCCUACGCAGCCUGCACCAGCUUUUACACAGGAGAAUGCUCUAAAACCUCCCUCGGUCUAUGAUGAUAUCUACCCAGUUCCAACAUCUUGGGUACACAGCGUUUUCCAAAAGGCCACCUGGGAUGUCUCAGUGAAACGAACUGGUACACAGUCGCAUAUGGGACCUCUGACCAUGGGCAUGCGCCUACUGCAGACCGAACCAGGAAAGCGUGCAGAUUAUUUCAGCUGGAUAUCCGCAGUCGACAAAGAACUAGAAUUGACUUAUGCACUUAGCAUCGACCCCCAAGCCAACAAAAUUCCUCCAGCUGACUACCAACGACUUGUAGAUGCGACAAGAAUCUACUUGAAGAUGGGGAUAUUGGCUGAGAAGAGGGGCGAAUUGAGAUCUGACAAAGCGUUUACGAGUUGGCCUAGACAAUUUGGGACUGAUCAGAUUACGGCCCACCCCUUUGAUCCGUUGCCAGAUGAUGAGGAGAUUCCUACGGAGACAUACUCUUCUCCCAGAUAUGAUGAGAUUGUUAAUUAUCUUUGUCGCAACCGAGGUCCAUUGGAGUUGGCACUGGAUACCAUGGGGACACUUCCAACGUCUGUAUUCUAUAGGUAUAUCCGAGAUCGAGGCGGAAUCGACGUCCUUCCAAUGGAGCUUUGGCAAUUUCUCGGCGUAGCAAAUCGAAAGGGAGAGUACUUCAUAUUCGAUCCUUACCCCGGCCCAGGUCUUGUAACACGCAUCGAAGCCGGCUGGCCACCUGGAAAUGUGCUCGCGAACAUGACCAUACCCAGACCCGCGUUUCUCGCUACCAGGUUAGAGAAAGACAGGCUCAUGGAAAUUGUCCGGGACCGUAACGUACAAGACGAGUUAUAUACUAAUAACGUACAUAUGCGUACUAUGAGAGACAUGGACGUGGACGCGUUCGGGAGGUUCUUGGAGGCCCGUAAAGACAAGUCUUGGAUCGGGAAAUAUGUCCCAGCUGAAUUCUAUGCAAUCGUUACUCAGUGUGUGAGAGAGACUUGGGAUUUCAACGAUGAGUUCACACUUGGACCACAAGGAAUCAUAAGAUUCACUUACGAUGUUAGACCUACGUUGACGAGGAAUGGCUCAGAUUACCAGAAAGCGAAAUUCGCAGAACUUCAACAGAGAGUCGAUGAAGCGAAUAGAAAGUGGCGGAACAGAGUAUAGGGAAGUCUUUGAGCGACGAUACACAUAACUUUACCAUUAAUAUUCGGGCGAGUUUGUCUCUUGACAUCAUUUGGGGAGUGUUAGGUUGUCAAUCGAGAUACUUCGAGGCAGAGGGUCCUAGAGCGGAGGAGCAUAUCAAGUUACCGAG